AUGAAUCCUUUGGAUGCUAUGUGUGACGUGAAACGCAACGACGCUGUGUGCGUCAGUAACCUUAAGUCAGCUAAGGAGGUCGAUAAAGGAAUCUUACAAGAACGGCCAGAUAUCAAGAUAUUUCUGCCGUUCAGAUUUCACUUCUAUAAACCUAAAGAUCUUUUCAUCGAAAACACCUACAAGAAUUAUUUAGUGGCCUACGGAGGAGAUCAUGUCCUCAGUUUAAUCGAUGAGAUCUCAUACAGCGCCCCACCAGCGCCCCCUCUCUCACAGAUGCACGAACUACCGCCGGAACUUUUCUGCAACGGAGACAACCGACCAGCCGAUUGUUCGGUCGACUGCAAAUGCACACAUAUGAUAGAUGUGCCUUUGAAUUCCAUUGUAGAGAUCGUUCUAGUCGAUGAAGUGCAAUCCCCGAAUUUAUCACAUCCCUUCCAUUUACAUGGGACUUCAUACAACGUUAUUGGAAUGGGUCGAUCGCCUGAUAAAAAUAUAAAGAAAAUAAACUUAAAACACGCGCUGGACCUCGAUAGGAAGGGUCUUUUAAAUAGACAGUACAACUUACCACCGUAUAAAGAUACUAUAGCCGUUCCUAAUAACGGAUACGUAGUAUUGAGGCUAAAGGCUGACAAUCCAGGCUACUGGCUAUUCCACUGUCAUUUCAUCUAUCAUAUUGUCAUCGGUAUGAAUCUUAUUCUGCACAUCGGAACGCAAAGAGACCUACCACCUGUUCCACCUAACUUCCCGAGAUGUGGCCACCAUCUACCAUCUAUAACACCCCCUUACUACCCAAUACACUAA